CUGUGGUAGCAAACCUAAUCAGAUCACUUCUAUUUCUCAUAGAGAUAGUUACAUCUUAUCGAUACAUAUUUUAGUUUUUCACUAGAGUUUAGUGGUGCAUUUUUACUUAUUUUUCAAAUUUGUGUAGGAUAAAAAUCAAAAUGAAGAUUGCUCUAAUUACGUUGUCAGCCUUCUCCUUAGUCUUAGCCGAACCACCAGUACCAAGUAGCCAGUACCUGCCAUCCAAUACAUAUGGAGCGCCAAAGCUGUCAACUCCAGCUAGCACAUACGGAGCCCCAGCGCAGACGGAAGCUAUCCUGAAACCCAGCAGCAGUUACGGCCCACCAAGCAGUAGUUAUGGCCCACCCAGCAAUACCUACGGGCCACCCAGCAACACCUAUGGACCUCCUAGCAACACCUACGGACCUCCUAGCAACACUUAUGGCCCACCUAGCAAUACUUAUGGCCCACCUGGAUAUGGAGGUCGUGAUGAUCAAUCAGAACCUGCCAACUACCAAUUCUCUUACCACGUAGAAGACGCUGCCUCAGGAAAUGACUUCGGCCACGAAGAACAAAGACAAGGAGACGUCGCCAAAGGAAAGUAUUUCGUCCUCCUUCCCGACGGUCGUCUCCAAACUGUUGAAUACACUGCCGACAAUGACGGAUACAAACCAAAGAUCAGCUACGAGCAAGUUGGAGGAUACCCAUCUGGAGGUCCAUCAGGAUAUCCCUCCGGGGGACCCUCUAACGGCGGAUACCAAUAUUAGAAAUUUGAAUAAGCAUUAACGUUUUUUGUUUUUCUCCAGCUUUCGAUAUGAGCACUCAACGUAUUAGUUUUUGACCGUUUGUAUUUUUACUGCAGUUGAACUGGUACAGUAGCUCAGUCUACCACAAGAAAUUUCUGUCUUCUAUUGUCAAACAUAUCUAAUAAUUUUUACAUAUUCCAAUUGUUUCUUCUAUAUUUUCCGUUUUCAUUUCAUUUAAACUGCCUGUGGAAAUAAGCAUAUCAUUUACCUUAAAUGUAGGAUCUUAAUAUUAUUUGUGACUUUUCUAUCGACAUAUAUGAUUAUUUUGUUUAAUGUUUUUACCAUAAAUGUUAUUUUAUUGUAUAUACCAAAAAUUUUAGAUAUUAAGGUAAAAAAUUAAAACAAAAUAAUCGCAAUAAUGUCAUAGCUAAAAGCUUUAAAUAUUUUGAAAAUUGUAUUAAUUUUUCAUUUACUACGGAUUUUUGUCCUGUAUUCACCUUAUCUACGUAUGCUCCCUAGUUUUCUAUGCUCUACAAAUAAAGUAAUAAGUAAUUAUUGUAAUAUUAUUCUAGGUAAUAUCCCUUUCACUUCAUUAGAGUUUAGAAUAUAGAGUAUAGGUACUGGUUCUUAUAAUAUUAUACAAUAAACAAGUUACCAAACAUUUAUUAACUCUAGGAGACAGAAACAAUUUUAGCUUUAAUAUGACGUUUUAUAUAUUUACAGCUUAACUGUGUGAAUUGACAGGUCAGUGUAGGAUAUGAUAAGGCCCGAUAUAUGGAUAAUGUAUUAUGUUUAGUAUUUUUUGUAUAAGAUCAAGUGUAUUCGAUCAUUGUACAUAAAAGUUUAUAUAUAUAUUUAUUUUGCCAUAUUUAUAUCAGUAGUUUAUAGGAGAUGAAGUAUAUUUUUUAUAUUAAAUACAUUGAAAUAAAAGUAUUUGCAAUGGAACAAAAA